CCUGAUCAGCGGGGCCGGAAUAAUAAACCAUGCAGCCCGCGGGCCGCUCCCAGAGCUGCCAUGAGACACGGUGCCGGAGCCCAGCCGCUGCUGCUCAACAUGUACCUGCCAGAUCCAGUCGGAGAGACUCUGUUCAAGGAGGGGAAGAGCCCGGCGUGGGGAUCGCUCAGCCCCGGCGUGCAGAAAGGCAGCGGGCAGAUCCAGCUGUGGCAGUUCCUCCUGGAGCUCCUGUCGGACCGCGCCAACCUGAGCUGCAUCGCCUGGGAGGGCACCACCGGGGAGUUCAAGCUGAUCGACCCGGACGAGGUGGCCCGGCGCUGGGGCGAGCGCAAGAGCAAGCCCAACAUGAACUACGACAAGCUGAGCCGGGCCCUGCGCUACUACUACGACAAGAGCAUCAUGACCAAGGUGCACGGGAAGCGCUACGCCUACAAGUUCGACUUCCAGGGCCUGGCGCAGGUCUGCCAGCCCGCCGCCCCCGACCACGCCCUCUACAAGUUCCAGGGCAACCUGGCGCCCCUGCCCUUCUCGGGGAUCUCCAAACUCAACCUCAUGGCCCCGGGGGUGACGCCCACCAGCUUCUCCUACUGGCCAGGGGCCGCCCCCGCCCUCUACCCCGGCCACGGCCUGCAGCCCUCCGCCCCCUUCAGCGCCAUGGCCGCCUCCCACAUCAACAACAUGAAUAACCACUACCACUAGAGCCCGCCGGGGCGUGCCGGGGGCGGGGGGGCUUGCCUUUGGGUUCCCCUUCGAGGGACCCCCCUUUGCUUGCGGCCCUUCGGGGGGAGAGGGGGCUUUUCUGAGUGGGUGGCUGGACCCCGUAAGAGAUGGGUCCGUCUCCCUGCCCACCUCACCCUCAUCCCCUCUGAGCCAGGACAGCAAUUAGGCCGAGCCAGCGCCCCACCGGCAAUGCCAGCCAUGCCCAGAGGGUGAGGUUCUCCCAGGGCAGCAUCUGGGGGUGGUGGGGAAGAGGCAGCUUGCGGCCGGGGUCGCCAGGCUGCAGUCACCAGAGGCCCCAGGCCCAGCAUCUCUCUAGCCCAGCCCCUCUGUCUGCCAUGGGGCCCAGCCUCUCUCUAGCCCAGCCCCUCUGUCUGCUGGGGGCCCAGCAUCUCUCUAGCCCAGCCCCUCUGUCUGCCGGGGGGCCCAGCCUCUCUCUAGCCCAGCCCCUCUGUCUGCCGUGGGGCCCAGCCUCUCUCUAGCCCAGCCCCUCUGUCUGCCAUGGGGCCCAGCAUCUCCCUAGCCCACCCCCUCUGUCUGCCAGGGGGACCCAGCAUCUCUCUAGCCCAGCCCCUCUGUCUGCCGGGGGGACCCAGCAUCUCUCUAGCCCAGCCCCUCUGUCUGCCGGGGGGACCCAGCAUCUCUCUAGCCCAGCCCCUCUGUCUGCCGGGGGGCCCAGCAUCUCUCUAGCCCAGCCCCUCUGUCUGCCAUGGGGCCCAGCAUCUCCCUAGCCCAGCCCCUCUGUCUGCCGGGGGGACCCAGCAUCUCUCUAGCCCAGCCCCUCUGUCUGCCGGGGGGCCCAGCAUCUCUCUAGCCCAGCCCCUCUGUCUGCCGUGGGGGCCCAGCAUCUCUCUAGCCCAGCCCCUCUGUCUGCCGUGGGGCCCAGCAUCUCUCUAGCCCAGCCCCUCUGUCUGCCGGGGGGACCCAGCAUCUCUCUAGCCCAGCCCCUCUGUCUGCCAGGGGGGACCCAGCAUCUCUCUAGCCCAGCCCCUCUGUCUGCCAUGGGGCCCAGCAUCUCUCUAGCCAGCCCCUCUGUCUGCCGUGGGGGCCCAGCAUCUCUCUAGCCCAGCCCCUCUGUCUGCCGUGGGGGCCCAGCAUCUCUCUAGCCCAGCCCCUCUGUCUGCCAUGGGGCCCAGCAUCUCCC